AGAAAACUUAGCAGCAGCUGCUUCCUUCCAGCGUAAUACAGCCAGCGGAGACAAGGAAGUGAACAGCUGACUGACUUCCACCGGGCCUGGAAAACGGUGCACAGAUGACCGUCAAGUUCCCUGUGUGAAGAAGUGUCUCCAGGCUGGAACAUGUUAUCACUCAGAGCCAGACCUCCUCUGUCUUGACACAGGGAGUUUUACAACCUUGACUAUCUACCUCAACUCACGUGGAGUCCACCCCUUCAUUUCUACCUCUUGGGACAUUCGCCACCAUUUUUCUACCUCAACACAUACUGCACACACACGGGCGCACGUAUCUGUUAUCAGGCGGCUCAGAAACACCAACAGACCCUUGACUUUAUCGCCAGGCCUGUAACACAUUUGAACGGGUUUCUUACCGCUCAGCUGCUCGAGGAGCCGCCCAAAGCAGCCAUGUUACGCAGGGGUUUGUGAUGUCCGAGCCCUGCGACGGACCAGAACCUGGACCAGGAGCAGGGGAAGGACAGGGGCGGGGUCAAAGAGACGUUCCUCGUUUUAUUCUUGGCUGUGAAGAUGACGAGCAGGGCAUGGGCCAAAUGGAGGCAGGCAUGAAGAACAAGAUGUAUCGAGAAGAAGACAUGGAGGAUGAUGAAGAUGAGUCGCCGCCAGAGCGACAGAUUGUGGUUGGCAUAUGUGCCAUGACGAAGAAGUCUAAAUCCAAGCCAAUGACUCAGAUCUUGGAGCGCCUUUGUAAGUUUGACUACAUCACCGUGGUCAUCUUUCCUGAGGAGGUAAUCCUGGAGGAGCCUGUGGAGAAAUGGCCCCUCUGUGACUGUCUCAUCUCCUUCCACUCCAAAGGUUUCCCUCUGGACAAAGCUGUGGAGUACGCCAAGCUCAGGAAUCCACUGCUCAUCAAUGACCUCAACAUGCAGUAUUUCAUACAGGACAGGAGGGAAGUGUACCGGAUCCUACGGGAAGAGGGCAUUGACCUACCACGUUACGCUGUGUUAAACCGAGACCCCGACAAUCCUGAAGAGUGUAACCUGGUGGAAGGGGAGGACCAUGUUGAGGUGAACGGGGAGGUGUUCCCAAAACCCUUUGUGGAGAAACCUGUGUGUGCUGAGGACCACAAUGUCUACAUCUAUUACCCCACAUCUGCUGGAGGGGGCAGCCAGAGACUCUUCAGAAAGAUAGGGAGUCGUAGCAGUGUGUACUCCCCAGAGAGCAGUGUACGAAAGACUGGGUCCUACAUAUAUGAGGAGUUCAUGCCCACAGAUGGCACUGAUGUGAAGGUUUACACAGUGGGUCCAGACUACGCCCAUGCGGAGGCCCGAAAAUCUCCUGCCCUCGAUGGAAAGGUAGAGCGGGACAGUGAGGGGAAGGAGAUCCGCUACCCCGUCAUGCUGACCUCCAUGGAGAAACUAGUGGCCCGCAAGGUCUGCCUGGCCUUCAAGCAAACAGUGUGCGGGUUCGACCUGCUCAGAGCCAACGGCCACUCCUUCGUCUGUGACGUCAACGGCUUCAGCUUCGUCAAAAACUCCAUGAAGUACUACGACGACUGUGCCAAAGUCCUGGGGAACAUGGUGAUGAGGGAGUUAGCCCCCCAGUUCCACAUCCCCUGGUCCAUCCCCAUGGAAGCUGAAGACAUCCCCAUCGUCCCAACAACCUCAGGAACCAUGAUGGAGCUGCGCUGUGUUAUUGCCAUCAUCCGCCAUGGAGAUCGCACACCAAAGCAAAAGAUGAAAAUGGAGGUCCGACAUCCUCUAUUCUUCGAAUUGUUUGAGAAAUACGGAGGUUACAAGUCAGGAAAACUAAAGCUGAAGAAGCCAAAGCAGCUACAGGAAGUGCUGGAUAUCGCCCGCCUGCUGCUGGUUGAACUGGGCCAGCACAACGACUGCGAGAUCGAGGAGAAGAAAUCGAAACUCGAGCAACUCAAGACUGUCCUGGAGAUGUACGGUCAUUUCUCAGGUAUAAACAGGAAAGUCCAGCUGACCUACUUGCGUAACGGCCAACCAAAAGCCUCAAGUGAAGAAGAAGACUCCAAGAGGGACGGUCCGUCUCUGCUGCUUGUGUUGAAGUGGGGCGGGGAGCUGACGCCUGCAGGCCGGGUUCAGGCUGAGGAGCUGGGCAGGGCCUUUCGCUGCAUGUACCCUGGAGGUCAAGCCGGUAACCGCCGGUCCCUUGGCUGUGAGUCCCCUAUUGACUUUGGCGACUAUGCUGGCUUUCCAGGCUGCGGCCUCCUGCGCCUGCACAGCACUUACCGCCACGACCUGAAGAUCUACGCCUCUGACGAAGGCCGGGUGCAGAUGACAGCUGCUGCUUUCGCCAAGGGUCUGCUGGCGCUGGAAGGAGAGUUGACUCCGAUCCUGGUUCAGAUGGUGAAGAGUGCCAACAUGAACGGCCUGCUGGACAGCGACAGCGACUCUCUGACUGACUGCCAACAGAAGGUGAAGGCCAGGCUGCAUGAAAUCAUGCAGAAGGACCAGGAGUUUACAGAUGAUGACUAUGAGAAGUUGGCCCCAACCAGCAGCCCAUCACUGGUGAACUCCAUGAAGGUCAUACAGAAUCCAGUCAAAACCUGCGACAAGGUGUACGCCCUCAUCCAGAGUCUCACUUCACAAAUCCGCAAGAGACUGGAGGACCCCAAGUCUGCAGACCUGCAGCUUUACCACAGCGAGACGUUGGAGCUGAUGCUGCAGCGCUGGUCCAAACUGGAGCGAGACUUUCGCAUGAAGAACGGCCGCUACGACAUCAGCAAGAUCCCGGACAUCUACGACUGCAUCAAAUACGACUCGCAGCACAACGCCUCGCUCGGACUGGAGGAUACGCUGGAGCUGUUCAGACUGUCCCGGGCCCUGGCCGACAUAGUCAUACCACAGGAGUAUGGCAUUAGCAAAGCAGAGAAACUGGACAUUGCUCAGGCUUACUGUGUUCCUCUGAUGAAGAAAAUCCAGCUGGACCUGCGGAGGACCCAUGAGGACGAGGCUGUAAACAAGCUGCACCCCCUGUAUUCUCGUGGCGUGAUGUCUCCUGGUCGUCACGUCCGCACACGUCUCUACUUCACCAGCGAGAGCCACGUCCACUCCCUGCUCAGCAUCUUCCGCUAUGGAGGACUUCUGGAUGAGAAGAAGGACUGGCAGUGGAAACAGGCGAUGGACUACCUGAGUGCUGUGACUGAACUCAACUACAUGACACAGAUCGUCAUCAUGCUGUAUGAAGACAACGAUAAGGAGCCCUCCUCAGAGGAGCGUUUCCAUGUUGAGCUUCACUUCAGUCCAGGAGUCAAGGGGUGUGAGGAUGAGGAGAACGUACCUCUUGGCUUCGGCUUCCGUCCGGCCUCCUCAGAGAAUCAAGACAAGAAGCCCAAUCAGGGCAGUCUGGAAGACCUCUCCCAGGACCAGCCAGACCAGGCACUUCUUCUCUCUGAGCCAAUCAACAUCCAGCGAAGGUCCCCCAUGAUCCGGAACCGCAAGACAGGCUCUAUGGAGGUCCUCUCUGAGACCUCCCCCACCCAGUCCUCCAAAGGCUCCACAUCCCACCGACUCUUCCCCUCGUGUUCACGCCAGUCUCCUGAGAUCAAACCAGCCAGUGGCCUAGGCUCGCUCUGCUCUGGCCUCUUCAGUGCCUCCGCCCUUGGGGUGUCCUGUAGCGCCCCCAACCUGCGGGACUACGUCCGCACGCACCACCACCACCACCGAAAACCACCUCUGUCCCCCGGCAGUCUGCCGUGCCAGAUUGGCAUGUUUGAGCUGUUCUCUAUGCCGGCAGUAAAGAGAUUUUCUGUGUCGUUUGCCAGGCAUCCGACUAAUGGGUUCGAAGGCUGCUCCAUGGUGCCCUCUAUCUUCCCGCUGGAGACGCUGCACAACUCGCUGUCGCUGAAGCAGGUGGACGAGUUCCUCAACACGGUGUGUGAGAGCAGCAGCGAGGCCCACGCCAAAACCAUGAAAGUGCUCUCCAGCCUCUUUGACUCUCAGAGCCAGACGUCUCUCUACAGCCCUCAGCAGCCUCUGUCCUCCUCUGGGUCUGAAACGUCUCUCCGGCCGCCGAGCCAGCCUCUGUGGCAUGGCAGUAUCCCCUCCAGUGCGGUGUCCAGUGCUGGCCCCUCCUCCCCAAUCACAGAGAGCUCCGGCCUGAACUUCAGCUUCAGUGAGUAGAACACAAAGACUUCUGGGUAUCUGAGCUCGCCAUCGGAAGACUUCUUCCUGUCCAUCUCUCAGUUUCACCUUCUCACCUGUCCUGCUCACAUUCACAAACAAACACUGGAGGAGGGGCUGACUGAGGAGAGACUGUAAAUAUAAGCACUCAAACUGCACCCCAGCCAGAGGCUCCACCCGUCUGAUCACCACACCUUCUCUGCUCCAUAAAGAGACUGAACACUGGACCCUCACCUGCUCACAACGUCCCACCACCCCCAUCCUCCUCUCCAGUUUAUCGACACAUUUAAAGCAGCUGAGCAGCGCGUCAAGCCAACAUUCAGACCAGUUGUGCCUGCUGCUUUUUACUUCAUUUCUUUUACAAAAUCUCUCACACACCAGCUGCCUCGGGUCUUACCGUAGACAUGUGUACGACUGAAAUGCAUCAAAGUGUCAGCCUUCAUUGAUUUGCAGUUCAUUACUGUGGCUAGUUCAUUACAGCCCACUCUGAAACUAAACAGGCUGCUGUUUUUAGCCAACUAUGGUAACAUUUGACCACUCUGACUUACAGUUUGUAUGUCUUUCAGAUGCAGAAUAGGCUGAAAGUUAAAGCUUGAACAGAUAGUUUGACAUUUUGGCAAAUACACUUAUUCAUUUUCUUGCCUUCGGUUAAGAUGAGAUGAUGAACACACUCACAUCUGUCCGAUAAAUAUGACGCUACAGCCGGCAGCCGGUUAGCUUACCUUUAGAAAUAAACAAACAGGAUAUACCAGUCAUGUAUAAAUUAUUACGAGGUGUUGGUAGCGGGAUUUCGUCAUCUUUUGACAGAGCCAGGCUAGCUGUUUCCCCUUAUUUCCAGUGUUUGUGCUAAGCUAAGCUAGCCAGCUGCUGGCUGUAGCUUCAUGUUUAGUGUAUAGACAUGACAGAGUGUCAGUCUUCUCAUCUAACUCUGAGUAAGAGAACGAAUAAGCCAAUUUCAAACUAUUCCUUUAAGUCUGUGUACACAUUUAAGACCGCACACCUGGUUUAUAAGGACGAAUCUGCUUGACGAGGUUCCUAAAGAAUGAACUUCAUUGUGAGGCUACUGUGAUCUUAAAUCGAGCUGUUCACAAAGAGGCAGGGGCCAAAAAUGACCUCCUGUAACAUACAAAGAUGAACAUCGGGCAUUUUUAGUUUACUUCGUACAACCAAAAAAAAAAAAAAACAAGACUCUCGUCUGUAUAAUGUAGAACCUGAGCCA